AUAUAAAAUGAAUGCUUCUAAAUUUCCCCUUGUUCCAUCUCAUAUGCACCUGCAAAACCCUCCGGCCGUCCCGGCCACUCUUCCGUAUUAUCAAUCGCACUUCAGCCUGUGGACCGAUGCUCGUCAUUCCUCCAGACGCCUCUUUCGGCUUUGUGCCCCGGCAAGUGUUCUCUUUUUCUGCCCUACACCACGCUACUUAAGCACAGCGCAUCCCCAACUCAUCUUUGGCUUGUUUCCAUCUCUAUUCCCUUUUCCAAUCUCCAUCAUCGCGCGCAUCUUUCUUCUCCUCUUCUCUUUUCCACCAGCCCGCAUUACCAGCUGCGUCUCAAAGCGACAACCCCGCGCCAUCCAUCUACACCAAACGCUACACCAAAACGAAACCGACGUCAUGGCCACAAACGGCACCAAUGGCACCACGAAUGGCGCACAUGGCCCUAACGGCCAGGCGAACCGCUUUGAUCCAAACUUCACACAGCAUGUCAUCGACAACAUGGGCCCCAACAUGACAGAUCGAAACAGAGUCAUCUUUUCCAGCAUGAUCCGCCACAUGCACGACUUCAUUCGCGAGGUUGAGCUUACCCAUGAAGAGUGGCUUGCCGGUGUCAACUAUGUCAACCUCGUUGGCCAGGCCUUCACCAGCACUCGCAACGAGUCGCAUAGAGUGUGCAACAUUCUUGGUAUUGAAUCGCUUGUCGAUGAAGUUGCCAACAAGAUUAUUGCCGAGGGUGACUUAGAUCCUACAUCGACAUCCAUCCUCGGUCCCUUCUGGUCUCCCGAUGCUCCGUUCCGCGAGAACGGCGGCACCACAAUCCAAGAUCCUACACCAAACGGCCAAGUGUGCAAGAUGCAUGGCACCAUUAGCGACGUCCUCACAGGCAAGCCCAUUCCCGGCGCUGUCUUUGAUAUCUGGCAAGCUAGCGCCAAUGGCAAAUACGACUUCCAAGACCCUGAGAACCAAACACCAAACAACCUCCGUGGCAAAUUUAGAGCGGACGAGAACGGCAAGUUCUGGUUCUACUGCCUGCACCCCACCGCAUACUCUCUUCCCACCGAUGGCCCGGCAUAUGAUAUGCUCCAGCUCAUGGAUCGCCAUCCCAUGAGACCAGCCCACAUUCAUAUCAUGGUAUCGCACGAAAAGUACAGAGGAUGCACAACGCAGCUAUACCCCAAGGGCGACCCUUACCUGGCGUCGGAUUCCGUCUUUGCCGUCAAGGACGACCUCGUGGUGGACUUUAAGCCUCUCAAGGGAGACCCCAAGGCCACGCUUGAGCUUGAGUACAACGUUGUGCUCGCUCCCGAAGGUUACAAGGGCCUCUAUGUUUGAGGCGUGUACGACGGGGUUGCCUUGUCAAAGAGCAAAGCAACCAAAAGAUGAUGACGCGAAAAUGAAAUCCAUACAUUCCUGGUCAAGGCUAGCAGGGAUGUACCGGCGCGGAACGCUAAUGGCGUGCACGGUUCGGUUGCCGCUGCCAAUCAAUAUAAACAAGGUUACAUGGGACACGACACAUGGCAGACUUCGGUUCAUGGGGUUUGGGGGCAUCUACAAGCAGCAACAGCGGGUUAUAUUUUUAGAUUGACAGGCGAGAGUAUCUUGGGGACGCCACCGUGUAUAUUUUUAUAAAUACAUAUUGUUCUUCCUGGAAACAAUGAAUUCUGUAGUUUACGCCGUGUCUCUGAUUCAUUAAGCCAUACCAGCAGUCUGGAUUGGGCGUAAAGUAGCGAUCCAGCCGACCCUUUGAAAUGACUGUGGGGGAAUAUACGCAAAAGAGACACGGUAUGACCAGACACAGCGACAGAAGCACCCAACAAUGCGACUGGCUAAAAGCGAAUCAUACGCAGCCAUUGAGUAAUUAUUUUUCUACUGGGUCUUAAUAUUGGGCUGCAUGCAAGUAAAGCAAGCCUAUGCAUCCCUUACAUGCACGACAUGGAGACGCGGCGCAGCUGCUGUCGUGCCCGUUGUCACAGCAACAAUCGACCAAAACAUGGCCUGCC